UGGAUGGAUCGUUGGAUGUGCAUCCUUACAAUCCGAUGGAUACCUUUUGGCUUGUAUAAAUAGGACCCCAAUUAAGCUUCCCUAGCUACCAACUUCAUCGUCUCAGUAGUUUUGCAAUUGAGCGCCUCAUCGUUCUCUGGUUCUUGCUCUCUCUGAGCUAUAUAAUUACUGCAUCUGCAUCAUAUAGAACAGCAGUUUCAUUCCCUCAGCUCCAACAACCAAACAAUUCUAUAGCUCUCUCGGAUCGAUAUCUUCUGACUUCGUCUCCAUUCGCCUACUCGGUUUGUCCAGAAGAGAGCCAGCUACGAGGCAGGUAGAUACUAGCAAUGGACCAGCAUCAGGAGUCGUGUGUUCCCCCAGGGUUCAGGUUCCACCCCACAGAGGAGGAGCUGGUCGGGUACUACCUCGCCAGGAAGGUGGCCUCCCAGAAGAUCGACCUCGACAUCAUCCAGGAGGUCGAUCUCUACCGGAUCGAGCCAUGGGACCUGCAAGAGAGAUGCGGCACAGGAGGAGGCAAGGGAGAAGAUGACCUGUCAUCGUCAGAGCGGUACUUCUUCAGCUUCAAAGACCGCAAGUACCCGAGCGGGACGCGCACGAACCGGGCCACGUCGGCCGGGUUCUGGAAGGCCACCGGCCGUGACAAGCCCGUGUUGUCGUCGAGAUCGAGCCGGGGGGUGAUCGGCAUGAGGAAGACGCUCGUCUUCUACAAGGGCCGCGCACCCAAUGGCAGGAAGACCGACUGGAUCAUCCACGAGUACCGCCUCCAGACCAACGAGCACGCCCCCACCCAGGAGGAAGGAUGGGUGGUGUGCCGCGCGUUCCAGAAGCCUGUCCCCAACCAGAGGCACUUCGUCUUCCCUGCCUAUGCCGCAGCUCCUGGCAGCUACUACGACAACGGGCAGCUGCACCUCCACGGACAUGGACAUGGCGGGAAUCUUCGGUACUUGCACCCUGCUGCUGCCGGAGCGGGUGGUUUCGCCUUUCCCAGCCAUGAUCAAUUUUAUGAGGACUUAGAGUCCAAGAAGAAUUUGCUCAGCAACAUCCCGCAGCUCAUCGAGAGCCCGCCGACGACCACCGCCAUCUUAGGUUGCGGCAACGCCGGCUACGACGUCCAGCAGCACCAGGGACAAGGGGCGUCUGCUAAUGCCAUCGACUGGAACUUCCUGGACAGCUUGCUGUCCACAUCGCUGCUCCAGGACUCCUACUCUGCUGCUAGUGCUGCCUCGCAUCUUCACUUGCAGUAGUGAACAUUGAUUUCGUCAUACAUGAUUCGCUAAUAAUAAUUCAGUACAGACAGUAGAGCCUAGAUGACGUCCAUGUGUUUGUGUUGUGCUUGAUUGACACACUUGUACCUAGUAAUAUAUAUGUUCUAGUUUCAGCAGUUCACUUUGUUUCGCUUGCUGAAUCUGGGAACUAAUCAUCACUACUCAUUGUACAUAUGUGCGUAUAUACAUAUUUUUCCUGAUGUUUCCUAUUA